AUGUUUGCAGGAAUAGGUCCAUUUGCUAUCCCUGCGGCAAAACGAGGCUGUACCGUAUAUGCCAAUGACUUGAAUCCAGUCUCCAUCAAGUACCUUACACAGAAUGCCCGUCAAAAUAAAGUCGAGCAUGCCAUUAAAAUAUUCAAUUUGGACGCCAAGGAAUUCGUCAGGGAAGCUGUCAAUAUGCUUCCUAGGAACAUUCAUUUUGAUCAUGUUGUGAUGAACCUACCCGCCUUCUCGUUGGAGUUUAUUCCAGAUCUUGUCUCAGCACUUCGGGGAAAGCAAAGCUCGCAUCCAAACAAGCCAGCCGAUGAUCUGCCACUCGCUAAAAAGGCUCGCGAAUGCGCUCCAUCCUCGUCCACUAUUAUCCACUGCUACUUAUUCGCACGGACUGGAGAAGAUCCACUGCAGAUGAUACUGGAUAUCAUUGGGCCUCUUCAACUUUCCCCGCCUACUUCUGCUCACAAAGUGAGGACAGUCUCACCUUCAAAAAGUAUGUAUUGUGUCUCUUUCAGUCUGUCUCAUUAA